AUGUCCAAGAAGCUAGGGUGGAACGGAAAGGGUAUCAAAAUAAGGGACGAACACAGUCUAAACAGUGAAUCAGCAAAUGAACUGCUGCAGUUUAUAAGGGAUCUGAACAGAGAAAGUUUGCAAACAAAAACAUCUAGUGAAGAGGAAACAAAGCAACGCACAAGUCUAGGCUGGAAGGACUUCGACAGAUACAGUAGCCUAAAAAGAAAAGUCUCCGACCAAUGCGUCCUUCCUGUUAUGACUUAUGCCUCAGAAACAUGGGGUGGGACCAGAUUACUGGAUGCGAAACCAAUAAGAGCCCAGAGAGGAAUGGAAGGGUUGAUCAGAUGA